GAUCAUUUGAAAAAGAGAUAUCCACAUCUUCAAGCCCAUAUAAAGGAUAGAACCUGCAUGGGACAGCUUUACUUACUCCAGCACCUUCCUCCCCCAGGCAAAAUGAAAAUCCUUGUGGCAUUUCUGGUGGUGCUGACCAUCUUUGGGAUGCAAUCUCAUGGAUAUGAGGUUUUUAACAUCAUCAGCCCAAGCAGCAAUGGUGACAAUGUUCAGGAGACAGUGACAAUUGACAAUGAAAAAAAUACCGCCAUUGUCAACAUCCAUGCAGGAUCAUGCUCUUCUACCACAAUUUUUGACUAUAAACAUGGCUACAUUGCAUCCAGGGUGCUCUCCCGAGGAGCCUGCUUUAUCCUGAAGAUGGACCUUCAGAACACCCCUCCUCUGAACAAUCUUCAACGAUACAGCUAUGAGAAACAGGCUCUGGACAACAUAUUCUCCAACAAAUAUACCUGGGUCAAGUACAACCCUCUGGAGUCUCUGAUCAAAGACAUCGAUUGGUUCCUGCUUGGGUCACCCAUUGAGAAACUCUGCAAACAUAUCCCCUUGUAUAAAGGGGAAGUGGUUGAAAACACACGUGAGUACCAAUAAAUCAUUCAUUCACCAAAUAUUUUCUGAAAGCUACUAUGUGCCAGGUGCUCUGCUGAGUGCCAUGUGAAAUGCAAAUAAAUGGAAACAGUACUCAGUUCAGUUUGUUUUGGGAAUUCAUUACAUGCCAUGUGUAUAAAUUGUGCUAAAUGUUAGGAAUACAGAAAUGAAUUAAACUGUCUCCAAGGAACAUAUAAUCUAGUGAAGAAGCUGACAAGUGAAAAGAGAGGAUGGAAUAAAGGAUUCCUGGGUGCCAAUGAAAAACUACUCGAUUCUUGUUUACUUUCAUAUGUAAGAAUUUCAAGUAGUAAAAAGUCUUCUGGGCCCUUAGAAUAGCAUCUUUUGGAAGAUAAUAAGAAGGAAGUCACUAAGAAAUGCUCUCAGCAUCUAGAAUAGAAUUGGUGCAGGAAAGAGGAGGCAAAGUGAACUUACAGACAGGGAGUAAAAACCCUGAUUCAUCUGGGUAACAUAUGCCACUGCAGAUAUUACUGUCAUUUUUAUACAAAGUUUCUAAACAUGGCAGAGCAGCCAGAGUGAAAGAGGUCGGGCCAGCUGAUGAUGAACACAACAAAGGAAAUUUCUCAGAGUAGUGGAAGGUAGAUAAAGAAGAGUUCAUGUUUAUUAUACAUCUACUGCCCAGAAAAAAAUUUUAAGUGCUCAUUCAUAAAGCAAAUAAAGGCACACAGGUAUGCCAUUGAUACAGAAUGGCAUAAUAUCACUGGGAUUGAGCCAACCAGCACUUCCAAAAGUUGUCGGUUUUAUUUAAGCAAAUAUGUUAUUAUUCUAAUAAUUCCAAUAAUAUAUUUUUUAAUGCUCUUUCUUUGAAAAAUUUCCCCUUUUCCAGAUAAUGUUGGUGCUGGAGACUGUGCAAAGGCUGGGUUCCUGGGCAUCUUGGGAAUUUCAAUCUGCGCAGACACUCAUGUUUAGGAUGAUCAGCCCUCUUGUUUUAUCUUUUCAAAGAAAUACAUACUUGGUUUACACUCAAAAGUCAAAUUAAAUUCUUUCCCAAUGCCCCAACUAAUUUUGAGAUUCAGUCAGAAAACAUAAAUGCUGUAUUUACAGA